AUGUCGACUGUCUCAUACAGGCAAAGGAAAAUACACGGGUUAUACAAGAUCCUCUGCAAGUAUGCCCCCACGGUACCCGAUGAGCUUAAGAAGCGCAGUGAAUCAGGACCCAUAGAGAUCGCACACAUGCUGGACUCAGGAUGGAACUCCGUUCGUGCUUGUAACAUACAUGACAUUAGAGGUGACAUACUGUACUGGCAUGAAUUUGAGCCCCGCAUCGAUAAGGACCACAAGUCACUCCGCGGUUUCAACCAUCCAGAAUGUGGUUGCUUGUUAUGUCCUGCCUCCUACCAUUGGGAAGACCCAGCAGUACACGAGGGCUUGUGCAAUGGAAGCAAGAACUAUCCUGCUGGUGCGAGCGACUGGCCAAGCUUUCUGUGGGAGAAUGAGGAGACCAAUCAGGAAGAUCUUAUCAAAGGAUUUCUACACAAUGAAUUGCUCAUCAAGGCGCUACGCCACAUCCUCUGGGGACCUUCUGCUGGACGUGCCGGUCCAACCUUGACAAGCAAUGGUGGUAGUAAGAAAAACCAGGGAGGAAGUCACAAGCUGAAGGUCAUGAUUUACCGCAUCCGGUCGAUCACUGUUGGUUCGAUAGCCUAUUCAGUGAUGGUGGUCCAUUUUUUGUUAUCAUCACAAGGAACCAUGAGCGUGGGCGGCGAUGGUGGGAAGUUCCUAUAUGGAGAAUUCUACCACCGACUCGUUAAGUUUAUGGAGCAAGACAUGACACCCGCUCAACUACAGACUCUCUUAGACUACUGGACCACUGAGGUCCUCGGCAAUGAAUUCGAAGACUCGGACAGCGACGCUGACAUUGAGAACACUGCAGGGCAUAUGUCUAUCGCUGCACGUAUGCGCGCUCAGCAAGCCGACAAGAACUGGGAUCAUGACAGUGGUGCUAAUGUCGAGGAUUCUUCGCAGGGUGCCAUGCUUGCGAACAGGAACACGGCGUGA